AAUACAAAUAGGGGAAAGUAAGGGAUUCCAGCAACAAACCCAUCGAUCACAGAGGAGGAAAACCACUGGACUAAAGACUUCAGGAGAAACGCAACUAGGCUGCCAACAGGCCCGUAGACAAGAUUAUUUAUUUUCUCAUUUUAGACAAUGAAGCCGCCUCGUCCAACCUUAUUUGAUUUCCAUGGAGUUCCAAUGACCCAUAUUUUCACUGACGACUGGGAAAAUAUUAAACACUUCCAAGCCAGACCAGAUGAUAUCCUCAUCGCAACAUACCCAAAAGCAGGAACCACAUGGGUCUCCUACAUUCUUGAUCUUCUGUAUUUUUCUCAGACAAGGCCAGAUCGUCAGACUUCCAUGCCUAUUUAUGAGAGAGUACCUUUCCUGGAGAAUAAGAAACCAAAUCAUCCUUCCGGAACCGAUUUGGCCAACAGUCUGGAUACUUCACCUCGUCUCAUCAAAACUCACCUGCCUGUACAGUUGAUUCCCAAGUCUUUUUGGGAACAAAAAUGCAGGGUAGUCUAUGUGGCCCGCAAUGCUAAAGACAAUGCAGUGUCUUAUUUCCACUUCAACCGCAUGGACAGCGUUCAACCAGAGCCAGGAGACUGGAACAGCUUCCUACAGAAUUACAUGGAAGGACAGAUGGCAUUUGGAUCCUGGUUUGAUCAUGUGACUGGCUGGUGGGAGAGGAAACAGUCCCAUCCUAAACUACACUACAUGCUCUUUGAAGAUAUGGUUGAGGACACUGGGCGAGAAAUAGACAAGUUGUGCUCCUUUCUUGGUCUGACCUCGACAGCCGCAGAGAAGGAACAAAUCAGACGUCAGUCGCAGUUUGAUAAUAUGAAGAAAGACGACAUGGCUAACUAUUCAAGUGCGAUAGUUAUGGACUUUAAGAUCUCUCCCUUCAUGAGAAAAGGGAAAGUUGGUGACUGGAAAAACCACUUCACCGUAGCCCAGAAUGAACAGUUUGAUGAAGAGUAUCACAAGAAGAUGAACAAUACAACUCUGCAUUUCCGCACUGAAGUUUGAAGUCUGGCCAGGCUAGUCUUGCAUCAUGAUUAAACCAGAGUGACAGAUUAAGUUAGGAGGUAGACUAUAGAUGCAUAUUGCUGUUAAACACAUGAAAUAAACAGCCACAUAUAUUAAUACAUUUAAACACUGAUUUAGCCCUUUUUUAACAAUAGACAAGGAAGAGUAAUUAGUAAAGGGAAACUAUAUAAUAUAAUAUUACAAUACAAUACUUCCUGAAGGAUUACGAGAGUUAUAUACAUAAGAGAUCUUAUAUUAUAUGUAUGAAUAGUAUUUUGAGAUAAUUAACGGAAGACCAAGAACAAAUAAGAAAGAUAAGUAAAUUGAAACCGUAUUGGUUUGUCAUUUAUCUAAGUAAACACAAAUACUUGAAUUGAUUCCAAUUCAAGCACUGAUCUUACCUUCGGACACACAGUCACCCAGGUCUUUGCUAUUCAUUUGUUAGUCAAUGUGGGAGAACAGUCAAGCUGUAUACAAAGAACACUGCAUCUUACACACAAUAAGGAUUCUCUUGAUGGGAAAUUGACUCAAACAAUGUUUAGUUACUGUGUGUGUGUAGUAGUGUUGUAUUCAUAAGUAAACAAAUUCAUAAGAUUA